GGUACCACUUCACACUUCAGACCAGAAAAAACCGUUAGCCUGCACCAAUUUAAUCUCCGAGGACGCUGUCUCUCCCUGGAGACCAAAUAAGUGCAUUUGAUUGGGCCAAAAGUAUGAAACCGCGGCAUGGAGAGAUUCAAACCGGGAGAACGUCGACUAUAUUAGCUCUAUAUCAAAUCAUGUCCCUUCAGUUCUGCAGUCAGAGGGGAACCGAUGGAGAUUUCAAGAGACAGAAAAGUGUUGGGGGCUAUCUGCCACAGGCAAAUGACCCAACAGGGGAGGAGAGAUGCGGUAAACAAGAAGGGCAAAGUGCUGGUGCCACGGAGCAGCAGUCCAGUCACUGUGUACGUUGAGCUCCCCGGCAUCAUUGAACAAGCUUUUUCAACAAUUGCAUGGGAUGAUUUAGAAGACUGCUCCUCUGCAGUGAGACGGGAGAGCGAUUCCCUCGACUCUCAGGUGAAUGAAUCUGACGCAGAUGACCAAGACUUUGGAGAGUAUGCGUUGGAUUUCAUGGCAGAGUCCCCUGCCACACUUGAGAGCAGUCUGUCUCCGGCUGAACUGGUGCCAUUUCAGGGAUGUGUCAUACCUCCCCUCAGCCCCCAGCGAGACUUCUCCCCGGAGGACAAUCUCAUUAACUCCUUCACAGAGGCAGGCGACCCACCUGUCCAGGAUGGCGCUCUCUGGGAGGGCAUCGCCCAUUGUCAUGUCAGGGCACUGGGACACUCUAUGGAAGUCAACAAUCAGCUCCAUGAGACUCUUCAGAGACGACUGGAAGAGAUCGACUCCCUCCAGGAGAGAAACCUUCACCUCAGGCAGCUGGCCAGUCGCGCGAAGCACCUGGCCUCCGUGCUCGAGAAGCUGAUGACAGUCGGAGACCCAAACGUUAGAGAGCCAGCGCCGCCUGGCGGUGAUGAAACCUCACCGAGUCCCCGUAAGCGGCAGCGGCUGGAUGAGGGAUACGAGACGGGAUCCUCUGACUCAGUGGCGGACAUGCUGAGGGACGUCAGCACCCGCUGCAACGCCGUCCUGCACAGCACCGCCACCGGAGCGCGGGCGCGGCGGGAGUCGGAGACCGUACGCGUGUUCGGCGCCUUCGCGGGCCUCCACGCGUCGGUCUCCCGGGGCGGCAGCACGGCGAUUGGCGGAGCAGAGGCCGAGGAGAGCGUCUCAUCUUUCAGAACCGCCGUUAGAGAGCACUGCACGAUAAGGACUCAGGUGUUUCCUCACGGACGUGCCUUUACCUCGAGGACUCAGGAGGGUGGAUACCGCUUUCGCUGGGUUCCCGACCACAGCUGA